CCGGGAUUGUCAUUGCCGGCAUCGUUUUGUUGAGUGUUCUGGCUGCCGCUGUGGUGUAUGUGUUGCAUCAGCGACGAAAGAAGAGAAGGGAGUCACUGGACUCUGGCACACCACCCUCGCCGACGGUGCCACACUCUGUGCCGAGGGAAUCAAAUCCCCUGACAACUGUUUCUGUUGGUACUUCCCCGCACACACCUCCACCCACGCCUGUUCCUCUCCAAGACGAUGGUGCUGCCCAGGUGCCUGUUGCUGAGCAGCCCAGCAAAGCAGUGGAGCAACACAUCGACCCCACAAAUAUGGAAGAGGUGAUGGAAAGGAAUUCGUCUCCUUCAGACGAUGCGUAUGAAGGCAGUGCGGCAAACACAACGGGAAAUGUCAGAUCUGCUAAUAACAAUGUGCAUCAGAACAUGGUAGAGAACAUGCCAAUGGCUUAUACUAAUUCUCCAGACCUAAUUAAUCAAAUGGUGCUGAAUGGGGUGCAGAACUACGUGGCAAGUCUUUACGCCGAGUUAAUGAAUGGAGGGGGAUGA